AUGCUUCCUCAACGGAUCCUGGCCCGGCGCCUCCCCCAGGUUGCUGCUCGCCACGCCAUUGCCACCCGCGCCGCUUUCUCUCAGAUGCCUGCUCUUCGCUCUACCGCUGAUAUCGAAGACCCUCACCAGAACAACAACUACCCCAACCCUCCCCGUGUGAAGCGUCAGUUCAGAGAUCCCCACGGUGGCUGGUGGGAUGCGCAAGAGAAGCGUAACUUCGGCGAACCCGUCCACGAGGACAAUGAGGUCCUUGGUGUUUUCAGUCCCGAGCAAUACACCCACGUUUCCGCCGGCAAGGGCUUCCUCCACCUCGGUGCUUUCGUGGUGGCUUUCCUAUCUCUCGUCGGAGUUGUCAGCAUCUACCACCCUGACAAGCCCACUGUGCCCAAGACCUACGAGGAUGGUUUGGAGAAGGAGCUGGGAGGCCCCAAUGCUCUGCCGGCUCGCAAAGCUGGUGAGGACAAGUGGUGA